AUGGCGAUGCAGUCAAUAAAUCGCUUCUUGUGGGGUCCGACGCCGCAGGAGAAGGUGCGCAAGUGGCAGGGUCAGCUCAAGAAGGAGCAGCGAAUGCUGGACCGCGAGAUCCACACGCUCGACCUCGCCAGCAACAAGGUCAAGGCCGAGGUGAAGAAGCUGGCGCAGAAGGGCGACACGAAGAACGCCAAGCUGCUCGCGAGGGAGGUCGUGCGGAGUAACCGGCAGAAGCAGCGGAUGCUCACGAGCAAGGCGCAGCUCAACUCGAUAAAUAUGCAGCUGGGCCACCAACUCGCGAUGGUCAAGGUGACGGGGACCCUGCAGGCGUCGACGGAGAUCAUGAGGGCGUCCAACUCGCUCAUCAAGCUGCCGCAACUAUCGGGCACGAUGCGGGAAAUGAGCGCUGAGAUGAUGAAGGCCGGCAUCAUGACGGAGAUGAUGGACGACACGAUGGAGACGCUCGACGAGGCAGAUGAGGAGCUCGAGGAGGAGGCGCAGGAAGAGGUGGACAAGGUGCUGUGGCAGAUCACAGACGGCAAGCUGGGACAGGCGACCGGCAAGGUCGGCGAGCUGCCACAGACGACAGGGCCGACACCGGCAGAAAUCGAGCGAGACGAGGAGAUGGAGCGGGCGAUACAAGGUUUGUUGUCGAGUUAA